AUGCAAAAUGGAAGAUGGGAAGCUCACCGUCGAGUCUCCAUCAUACACCACAGAAAACAUGGUCGUCCAGCACCCAAACGACUAAAUCCGCAGCCCAACACAUCAAGAAAAAGAACGCAAAGCAAAGAAGAGGAACCCGAACUUCAAAUCAGAGCUGAUUCAUCGAUUAGUUCGAAAAAAAAAUAA